AUGGAGGCGGCCGAGGAGCCCGCGCCCGGGCCGGGAGGCCGGCGGCCCCGCCGCGCGCCGCGCUGCCUGCCGCUGGCCGACCUCCGACGGGAGCUGCGGGCGCUGCUCUUGCUGGCGGGCCCCGCGCAGCAGGCCCCGCUGGAGAUGAAAGCGGCCCUUGGCGUCUGCAGUAGUGAGAGGACCGGCUUUCCCUUCUUGUUUUCCGUCUCUUCCCAGUUCGUGGCGCAGCUGAUGGUGUUUCUCAUCAGUUUCGUGAGCUCCGUGUUCUGUGGGCACCUGGGGAAGCUGGAGCUGGACGCUGUCACACUGGCAAUCGCCGUAAUCAACGUCACUGGUGUCUCCGUGGGAUUUGGCUUGUCUUCUGCUUGUGACACACUCAUCUCCCAGACGUUCGGCAGCCCCAACAAGAAGCACGUGGGGGUCAUCCUGCAGAGGGGCGUGCUGGUGCUGCUGCUCUGCUGCCUCCCCUGCUGGGCGCUCUUCCUCAACACCCAGCACAUCCUGCUGCUCUUCAGGCAGGACCCGGCCGUGUCCAGGCUUACCCAGACCUACGUCACGAUCUUCAUUCCAGCUCUUCCCGCGACCUUCCUUUACACGUUGCAAGUGAAGUAUCUGCUCAACCAGGGAAUCGUGCUGCCCCAGAUCGUGACUGGAGUUGCCGCCAACCUGGUCAAUGCUCUCGCCAAUUACCUGUUUCUCUAUCAGCUGCAUCUGGGGGUGAUGGGUUCAGCACUGGCAAAUAUGAUUUCCCAGUUCACCCUGGCCCUGCUCCUCUUCCUCUACAUCCUCCUGAAGAAACUGCAUCAGGACACCUGGGGAGGCUGGUCCCUGGAGUGCCUGCAGGACUGGGGUGCCUUCUUCUCGCUGGCCGUCCCCAGCAUGCUCAUGCUGUGCAUUGAGUGGUGGGCCUAUGAGGUCGGCAGCUUUCUGAGCGGCAUCCUUGGCAUGGUGGAGCUGGGGGCCCAGUCCAUCGUGUACGAGCUGGCUGUCAUUGUGUACAUGAUACCGACGGGCUUCAGCGUGGCCGCCAGCGUCCGCGUGGGGAACGCCCUGGGGGCCGGGGACAUCGAGCAGGCCAAGAAGUCCUCUGCUGUCUCCCUGCUGGUCACAGAAGCCUUUGCCGUGGGCCUCUGCGUCCUGCUGUUAAGCUGUAAGGAGCUCGUGGGUUACAUCUUCACCGCAGACCGAGAAAUCGUCGCUCUGGUGGCGCAGGUGGUUCCCAUUUACGCCGUCUCCCAUCUCUUCGAAGGUCUGGCCUGCACGUGCGGCGGCGUCUUGCGGGGCAGCGGGAACCAGAAGGUGGGCGCCGUUGUCAACGCCGUCGGGUACUACGUGGUCGGCCUCCCCAUCGGGAUUUCACUGAUGUUCGCCGCCGGCCUCGGAGUGAUGGGCCUGUGGUCCGGGAUCACCGUCUGUGCCAUCUCCCAGGCUCUGUGUUUCCUAGUCUUUAUUGCUCGACUCAAUUGGAAAAGCGCCUGUGAGCGGGCUCAGGUACAUGCCAAUUUGAAGCUAAACGUGGCCCAGGACGGGACUUCUGCUCUCUCUCAGGAUCCACUUUACCCAGGGGGACCUGAAAACCAUGGAGGCAUUUUGAUGAGAGAUGUUGAAAUAAAAGAGGAGACUCAGUUGGAUCAGCAGGUGCCCCCGGCGGAGUGCCUCCAGGUUCGUCCCAGGACCUCGUCCCCGUUGUCUGGGAAGCAGCUGGCGCUGCGGCGAGGGCUCCUGCUCCUGGGGGCCCUUUCCAUCUUGCUGCUGGGGAUUUUAGUGAGGGUAUGUGUCCAAAUUCAGUGAUGUGCAAGAGGGAGAGCGCGUCAGGUCAAGGGAAACUUUUGAGCUUACGAACAAAUAAUUCGUAGGCCCGACGGUGGUAGUUCUUUUCAGUUACUGUUAUUCACCUGUGGAUUUCAAGAAGGGAGCGUCCAAAGAUAUAUUUUCUGAUGAAAAGGAACUAAGGUAAAAACUACGUGCUAGUCCAGGACAACGUCUGGAAGAUUCCAUCCACCACUGUUCCAGUCGGGGACCACUGUGUACUGGCUGCGUCGACGAAUGCCUGCUAUUUCUUCCACUUACUGUUUAUGUAGACACAAACCCAUAUACCGAGUGCUUAAGGAUUCUUACUCUCUGAAUUAUUUAAAAUAUAUUUUACAA